AUGCCGCAGUCCGUGAUCUACUGCAGCCAUGCGCAACGUGUCGUUCUGCUCGACAUCCCUGCAUCUAUUGAACAGGGUCAGCAGAUCCCGUACACCAUCAAAAGCACAUCAGCUCUGUAUGAUCCCUACCCUAGCACGGAGCCAAAGGGUUCCAAGAGAGAGGCUGCCUUGUCCGCGACUCGCCUCGACGACCGAAUAUAUCAUCAGUCUGUCCAAGGGGAUAUCUCCUCAGCUUUGGCAGAAAUCCAAGGCUACUUGCGGGAGCAAAGCGGUCAUGCAGAUUGGUGUCACCCCCGCCAGGCUCUGCUCUCGGAAGGUCAUUUACAACUCUUUCCGCCAACCCCUUCCGGGAUUUCGAUGUCGCCGGCGAGCACUGAUUCAUCAUCAGGACCUGUCGUUCUGUCGACCACCGAAAUGCGAACCCGGUUCUCCUCUAUCGACUGUCUGCGCGAUGUUGCGGUGUGCAACCCCACCCAACAAAGGAUGGUUGUUCUGGAAGCCAGAGGUGUUGGAGAUUUCUUCAUUCCACCCAGUGCUUCGUUCAUUCUAUCCACCCUAGAACGAGGCUUGGCUGGCUUUCGUUCCGCCUGCCAGACCCUCCUCGCAGCCCCCAAACAGUUCCAUAUGAUUUUAAUGGACCCGCCGUGGUCUAAUCGAUCGGCCCGCCGUUCUGGGGUAUAUCGAACCUCGGAAUACCAAGUUCAAGAUCCUUUCCUACAAGCCGUGGGUAUUGUGAGCGAGUGUCUGGCUCCACAAGGACUGGUGGCGAUCUGGAUCACGAACAAGGUCUCUGUUCGUGGGAAUGUGAUAGAGGCUGUUCGACCCUUGAACCUUCACCUCCACGAAGAGUGGGUGUGGAUCAAAACGACCAUAGGAGGCGCCCCUGUCACUGCCCUGGAUGGAGUGUGGCGUCGACCGUACGAGGUUCUCUUAUUGUUUCGCGAAGGUCAGGCCUGCGAUAUCCCACAGCGAAGAAUUGUGGCAGCGGUGCCUGAUGUGCAUUCUCGCAAGCCGUGUCUGAAGGGCCUGUUGGAGAAGCUCCUCCCUGUGCCGUACAACGCAUUGGAGCUAUUCGCGCGAAGCAUGACUGCGGGAUGGUGGUCGUGGGGGGAUGAAGUGCUGAAGUUUCAGCAUGAAAGUCAGUGGGUUGGAAGCGUCUAA